AUUCAAAAACCCUACUCUCUCUCUCUCUCUCUCAUUCUCAUUCCCAUUCGUUUUUUCUCUUUUCAUCUAUACCCAUUCUUAACCUAGGCGCCGUCUAGGAUUUUCCCUUGCUCCCUCCCAUCUUCUUCAUUCACCGUCCCUAAACCGCACCGAACGGAGUCACAUCUCAGUUCGGAUCGGUUUGGGCACCACAGUUUUCCCAUCUUCAACCUUUUUCUCAUCUCUUUAUGGACAAGAAGGAGAAGAAGAUGAAGAACAAAGCUCUUGUGGAAGCCCUAGCUUCAAACGACGUUUUUGAGCAAAACGCUGACGGUUUGGAUCUUUCCGAUAAGAAGAAGAAGAAGAGUAAGUCCGAUAAGGAGAGCAAGAAGCGGAAAGCUGUAGAAGUGGCUGACGACGGGGAUAGGAGCGAGACGAGCUCGGAAUUGGGCGAACCUGUGAAUUCAAGGUCGAAAAGCGGAAAGGAGAAGAAGAGCUCGAAGAAGGUGAAAGUGGUUGAUUCUGAAGAUGAUGAUGUGGAGAAGGAGGCUGAGAAUCCGAAUGCUGUUACUAGGUUUCGGAUUUCUGAACCGCUGAAGGCUAAACUGAAGGAGAAGGGUAUUAGCUCCUUGUUUCCGAUUCAGGCUAUGACUUUUGAUACCGUAUAUGACGGGUCUGAUUUGGUUGGUCGAGCCAGAACUGGACAGGGUAAAACGCUAGCGUUUGUCUUGCCCAUCUUGGAGUCUUUAGUAAAUGGGCCUUUUAAGUCAUCACGAGUGACGGGAUAUGGAAGGUCUCCUAGUGUUAUAGUACUUUUACCAACUAGGGAAUUGGCUGACCAGGUGUUCGAGGACUUCAAAUUUUAUGGACGUGCAUUAGGCUUGGACUCUUGCUGUUUAUGUGGAGGAAUGCAGUAUGGCCCCCAAGAAAUUGCAUUAAAAAGGGGAGUUGACAUAGUUGUUGGAACUCCUGGUCGUGUGAAGGAUCACAUUAACAGAAAUAAUAUUGAUUUGCGGUCUCUAAAGUUCAGGGUUCUUGAUGAAGCCGACGAAAUGUUGAACAUGGGUUUUGUUGACGAUGUUGAAUUUAUUCUUGGCAAGGUGGCGGAUGUGAACAAAGUUCAAACACUUCUUUUCAGUGCCACUUUACCAGACUGGGUGAAGAAUAUUACUUCUAGGUUCCUGAAGGCAAGCAAGAAAACUGUAGAUCUUGUUGGCAAUGAGAAAAUGAAAGCCAGUAAGGAUGUUAGGCAUAUUGUUAUUCCCUGCUCUGAUUCAGAGAGGUCUCAGCUCAUUCCAGAUAUCAUUCGAUGUUAUAGCAGUGGGGGCCGAACUAUUAUAUUCACGGAGACUAAGGAAUCUGCAUCUGAGCUUGCUGGUCUUCUUCCUGGCGCACGGCCGUUGCAUGGAGAUAUACAGCAGUCCCAACGUUCGGUUACCAUAUCUGGGUUCAGGUCAGGCAAGUUUCUGAUAUUGGUGGCCACCAAUGUGGCAGCACGUGGAUUGGAUAUCAAUGAUGUUCAGUUAAUUAUACAGUGUGAAGCUCCAAAGGAUAUAGAAGCUUAUAUUCAUCGGUCCGGAAGAACAGGAAGAGCUGGCAAUACUGGAGUUGCUGUGACAUUGUAUGAUCCAAGAAAGUCAGGAAGAAUCGCCAGGAUAGAAAGAGAUUCUGGUGUGAAGUUUGAGCACUUGUCUGCUCCUCAGCCUAUUGACAUAGCCAAAUCUGCUGGAGCAAGUGCUGCAGAAUCAGUAACGCAAGUGUCUGACAGUGUAAUCCCACCUUUCAAAUCUGCUGCGGAGGAGAUGGUGAACAGCUCUAGUUUGUCUGCUGUGGAGCUACUCGCCAAGGCCCUUGCCAAGCUCUCUGGUUAUACAGAGAUAAAGAGUAGAUCACUUCUGACAUCAAUGGAAAAUCAUGUCACUUUAAUUCUAGAACCUGGGAAGCCUAUCUAUUCCCCAUCAUUCGCCUACAGUAUCUUGAGGAGGUUCUUGCCUGAGGAGAAGGUCGAGUCAGUGAAGGGCAUGUCAUUGACGGCUGAUGGAUACAGUGCUGUAUUCGAUGUUAAAACUGAAGAUUUGGAUGCAUUUCUUACUGGCCAGGCUAAUGCAGCCGAUGUGAGUAUAGAGGUGUUGAAAUCUCUUCCAAAAUUGCAAGAUAGAGAGCAAUCAAGAGGCGGAAGAUUUGGUGGCGGUGGUCGUGGAGGGUUCGGCGAUCGCAGAAACGGUGGUAGUAGGUUUUCAGGAGGAAGAGGAGGUGGUCGUGGAGGAUUUUCCGACAGAAACAACAGGUUUUCGGGUGGAAGAGGUCGAAACUUCGGUGGUGGUGGCAGCCGUAGCAGUUGGUAAGGUAAAACAAGAUGGUGCGUGUAAAUGUUCCUAAUAAGCCACAACCUGAAUUUUAGGAACAUUGGAAAUUUUGUAGAAAGAUGAGUUUCUUUUCUCUUUACAAGAUGUGAGAGCAGUAUGUAUUAUCGCUUGAGGGCCAAUCUCGGCGAGAUUAUAAGUUGGUAAUUAGUUUUCAUUUGAUGAUUUCCUGUUUAUUCCUAAUGGGGGGUUUUUCCAUGUGCCCCUUAUUUUGGUAAACUAGACUUUUGUGAGGAGAGGAUUUUGUAUUAUUUUAUUAAUUUAAUUGAGCUCCUUGGAAAGUUACAGUA